AUGAUGUUGGUGAAUAAUUUCAAAUUAUUCUCACGUCAGUUGACAGGGUUGAACAAGUCGUCGUCGCUAUUGUCGACAAAGUUUGCUCCAUUGUCCUUCAAGUCAUCAUUCUCCACAACUAGACCCAGGCUACAGGAGGAACUAAAGUAUGCUGGAGCCGAGUUGCUCAAGAAAUUCACUGAUGAGCAUGGACACAAACUCGUCGAUGUAUCAAAAGUGUUGGUCAUUGGUUCCGGCGGUUUGUCGAUUGGACAAGCUGGUGAGUUUGACUACUCGGGAUCGCAAGCGAUUAAAGCUUUGAAAGAAGCAAACAAGCAGUCUAUCUUGAUCAACCCCAACAUUGCCACAAACCAAACUUCUCACGCAUUGGCCGACGAAAUCUACUACUUGCCGGUGACGCCCGAGUACAUUACAUACAUUAUAGAAAGAGAAAGACCCGAUGGUAUCUUGUUGACAUUUGGUGGACAAACUGGUUUGAACGUCGGUGUCAAAUUGGACAAGAUGGGUGUCUUUGACAGAUACGGGGUCAAGGUGCUCGGUACACCAAUCAAGACUUUGGAAACCUCGGAAGAUCGUGAUUUAUUCGCUCAGGCAUUAAAGGAAAUCAACAUCCCCAUUGCCGAGUCCAUCGCCGUUGAGACCGUUGACGACGCCUUGGUAGCUGCUGAAUCGGUCGGGUACCCAAUCAUUGUCAGAUCAGCCUACUCUCUUGGUGGAUUGGGUUCUGGUUUUGCUGCUAACAAAGACGAAUUGAGAAACUUGGCUGCCCAGUCGCUUUCCUUGGCGCCACAAAUUCUUGUGGAAAAAUCAUUGAAAGGUUGGAAAGAAGUCGAAUACGAAGUUGUCCGUGACCGUGUUGGAAACUGCAUCACUGUUUGUAACAUGGAGAAUUUCGAUCCCUUGGGUAUUCACACCGGUGACUCCAUCGUUGUAGCACCUUCACAGACUUUGUCAGAUGAAGAGUACCACAUGUUGAGAACCGCUGCUAUCAAGAUCAUUAGACACUUGGGUGUUGUCGGUGAAUGUAACGUCCAAUAUGCGCUUCAACCGGACGGAUUGGACUUUAGAGUCAUUGAAGUCAAUGCUCGUUUAUCCCGUUCCUCGGCCUUGGCCUCAAAGGCUACCGGUUACCCAUUGGCAUACACUGCUGCCAAGAUUGCUCUCGGCCACACCUUGCCAGAGUUGCCAAACCCAGUUACCAAAACCACCUCGGCAAAUUUCGAACCAUCGUUGGAUUACUUGGUCACCAAGAUUCCACGUUGGGACUUGUCCAAGUUCCAACACGUUAAGCGUGACAUUGGGUCCGCUAUGAAGUCCGUCGGUGAAGUUAUGGCCAUUGGUCGAAACUUUGAAGAAUCUUUUCAAAAAGCCAUUAGACAAAUCGACCCAUCUUACAUUGGUUUCCAAGGUGACAAAUUCGAUGACUUGGAUGAAGUCUUGCAAAAUCCAACCGAUAGAAGAUGGUUAGCCGUUGGCCAGGCCCUCUUGCAUGAAAACUACUCCGUCGACAAGGUCCACGACUUGACCAAGAUUGAUAAGUGGUUUCUCCACAAGUUGAUGAACAUUGUCAACAUGUACCGCGAGUUGGAAGCUGCUGAAGAGUUGCUGAAUAUCAACAGCGACUUGAUGAGACGCGCUAAGAAAUUGGGGUUCUCCGAUAAACAGAUUGGUCUCUGUGUUGGUGCCAAGGAGUUGGAAGUCAGAAAAGUGAGAAAGGCUUUUGGCAUUACUCCCUUUGUCAAGAAAAUCGAUACCUUGGCUGCCGAGUUCCCAGCAAACACCAACUACUUGUACACCACUUAUAAUGCCACCAGCUCCGACAUUGACUUUAAUGAACAUGGUACUUUGGUCUUGGGUUCAGGUGUCUACAGAAUUGGUUCCUCGGUUGAGUUUGAUUGGUGUGCCGUUUCCACUGCACGUGCAUUGAGAGAAAUUGGACACAAGACGAUCAUGAUCAACUAUAACCCGGAAACCGUUUCCACUGAUUUCGACGAAGUUGACAGAUUGUACUUUGAGGAAUUAUCCUUGGAAAGAGUGUUGGAUAUUUACGAACUUGAAAAUGCCGAAGGUGUCGUGGUUUCAGUUGGUGGUCAAUUGCCUCAAAACAUUGCGUUGCCAUUACAAGAAAAUGGAUGCAAAGUGCUCGGUACCAACCCAGAGGAUAUCGACAAGGCCGAGGACCGUCACAAAUUCUCCCAGAUUUUGGACUCCAUUGGUAUUGAUCAACCAGCUUGGAAAGAAUUGACUUCAGUAGAAGAAGCUGAGAAGUUCGCCGAUGAAGUUGGAUACCCAGUCCUUGUUCGUCCGUCUUAUGUUCUUUCUGGUGCUGCAAUGUCGGUCAUCAACAGCAAGAGCGAAUUGGAUGCCAAGUUACAAAACGCAUCAAAAGUCUCCCGCGACCACCCAGUUGUCAUUUCCAAGUUCAUCUUGGGUGCUCAAGAAAUCGAUAUUGAUGCCGUUGCCGCAGAAGGCCAAGUCCUUGUGCACGCCGUCUCUGAGCACGUUGAAAAUGCCGGUGUCCAUUCAGGUGAUGCAACUUUGGUUCUCCCACCACAAGAAUUAUCCCAAACAUUGCUUGACCGUUUGAAGGAAAUUGCUGAUAAAGUUGCUCAAGCUUGGAAGAUCACGGGACCUUUCAACAUGCAAAUCAUCAAGAAUGACCAAAACGGAACCCUCGAUGAUGCCCAAUGCGAAUUGAAAGUUAUUGAAUGUAACAUCCGUGCCUCGCGUUCAUUCCCCUUUGUUUCAAAAGUCCUCGGUAUCAACUUUAUCGAUGUUGCCGUCAAGGCCAUCACCAAGGAAAACGUUCCUCAACCAGUCAACCUCAUGAAUGCAAAAUACGAUAGAGUCGCAACCAAGGUCCCUCAAUUCUCAUUCACAAGAUUAGCUGGUGCUGAUCCUUUCCUCGGUGUGGAAAUGGCAUCUACUGGUGAAAUUGCAUGUUUCGGAAGAGACGUGCUCGAAGCUUACUGGACCACCAUGCAAUCCACCAUGAACUUCCACUUGCCUAUGCCUGGUCAAGGUAUAUUGUUUGGAGGUGACUUGACCAAUGACAAACUCGGUAACGUUGCCAAGACCAUUUCGGGAUUGGGUUACAAAUUCUUUACUGCCAGUCAACCAGUUGCAGACUACUUGCAAAAGUACGUUUCUGAACCGGUGGGAAUUAUUGAUUUCCCCAAGACUGACAAACGUGCCUUGCGUGAAAUCUUCCAGGACAACCAGGUUGGUGCAGUGUUCAAUUUGGCUAGAGCCAGAGCAGAGGACUUGCUAGAUGAAGACUACGUGAUGAGAAGAAACGCAAUUGACUUUGCCAUCCCCUUGUUCAACGAACCAAACACCUCGCAAUUGUUUGCCUCGUGCUUGAAAGCAAAGAUUGCCGACAAGGUCAAAUUCGACAAAGUUCCUGAAUCUGUGGUUGUUCCACAUGAGGUGCAAAGAUGGAGUGAGUUUAUAGGCGGCAAACCGGUAUAG